AUGUCGUCUGCCAGGUUACUGCGUUCCCUGGCGAAGCCCGCCCGCCAGCUCCGCCCCCGCAUCUCUACGCCCACCACCUCCUCCUCCGUCCUCCCCCAGAUCCAGACGAGGCAUCACUCGCAAAAACACCCCCAGGGCUUCGAGCCCCCGACCGAGGCCGACCUCGCCGAGCUGCGCGAGCGCGUGCAGGACUUCACGCGCCGCGAAAUGACCGAGGAGGUCGCCGCCCGCACAGACAAGACCAACGCCUUCCCCAACGACAUGUGGCCCAAGCUGGGCGAGGCCGGCUUCCUGGGCAUCACGGCCGACGAGGAGGUCGGUGGCCUCGCCAUGGGCUACCAGGCCCACUGCGUCGUCAUGGAGGAGCUGUCGCGUGCCUCGGGCUCCAUCGGCCUCAGCUACGCCGCCCACUCGCAGCUCUGCGUCAACCAGCUGCAGCUCAACGGCAACCCCGAGCAGAAGAAGAAGUACCUGCCCGGCCUCAUCGCCGGCACGAGCAUCGGCGCCCUCGCCAUGUCCGAGUCGGGCGCCGGCAGCGACGUCGUCAGCAUGCGCACGACGGCCAAAAAGGUCGACGGCGGCUACCUCAUCAACGGCAGCAAGAUGUGGAUCACAAACGGGCCCGACGCCGACGUCAUCGUCGUCUACGCCAAAACCGAGCCCGACGCCGGCUCCAAGGGCAUCACCGCCUUCAUCGUCGAGACCAAGACGUCUGACGGCUUCAGCUGCCAGCGCAAGCUCGACAAGAUGGGCAUGCGCGGCAGCAACACGGGCGAGCUCAGCUUUGACGCCGUCUUCGUGCCCGACGACCGCGUCCUCGGCAACCUCAACGGCGGCGUGCGCGUGCUCAUGGAGGGCCUCGACCUCGAGCGCCUCGUCCUGUCGGCCGGUCCCCUCGGCAUCAUGCAGGCCGCCCUCGACGUGACCCUGCCCUUCGCCCACCAGCGCAAGCAGUUUGGACAGCCCAUCGCCCACAACCAGCUCGUCCAGGGCAAGCUGGCCGACAUGUACACAAAGCUGCAGGCGUCGCGCGCCUACACCUACGCCACGGCCCGCACCGUCGACGAGGCUGGCACCAUCCGCACCCAGGACUGCGCCGGCGCCAUUCUGUACGCUGCCGAGCGCGCGACCGAGUGCACGCUCGACUGCAUCCAGCUGCUCGGUGGCAUGGGCUACGUCGAGGAGAUGCCGGCGUCGCGGCUGCUGCGAGAUGCGAAAUUGUACGAGAUUGGAGCCGGCACGUCAGAGAUCCGCCGCAUGGUCAUCGGGCGGGCAUUCAACAAGGAGUACGCCCACCUUGGGCCGUAA